AUGAGCUACCACGUAUGGUGGACGUUCGAUACGUUUGUCGCGUUUGCGCAGGCACUUGUGACGCAGCACGACGCAGCGGUGCAGCGCAAGAUUGUGCUCGAGACCGACGUUGACACCAACCUCUUUUGCUGGCUGCGCACCGAGGCGCCGCGCCGGAUGGGUGACAUGUACACGUUCGAGACCGACCUCCACCACACGUCCGGUCGGAUCCAGCACCUCCUCGAGCUUCUCAUGCGAACGCACUACUACCACUGGGGCUUCCGCGUCAACGACAGCAUCGCUGUUUACAAAGGCGUACCCAAAAGCCUCGUCAUAGCCUAA